GAGCGCGUCAAAAUAUUUCAAAUAUCUCUCUAUACACCCAUCUUCAACGCGUCAUUAUGCCACCAAUUCGUACAAGAAAUACACAAAACUCAAGUAAUCAAGAGGGCAGUAUAUUGCUUGCUAUAUCCGACUUAGAAAAUGGAAGAAUUCGAUCUAUUCGUCAAGCAGUACAGAUCUACGAUGUUCCAUUUACAACUCUCCAACGCCGACUUACCGGCACUCAACACAGGGGUGAAAGACACGCGAACGAUCAUAUAUUGACUCAAUAUGAGGAGGAAUCUCUUCUAAAAUGGAUUCUUGACCUUGACAAACGUGGAUUACCUCCCCGGACAUCUCUCGUACAAGAUAUGGCUGAUCUUCUUCUUUCUCAACAUGGAAAUAAACACGUCAGUGAAAGAUGGGUUUAUCGAUUUGUUGACCGGCAUCCGGAAGUGAACCUACGGUUUUCACGAAGACAUAACUACGAGCAAGCAAAAUGUGAGGAUAUUCAGAUAAUCCGAGAGCACUUUAAUCGCGUACGAGAGGUUAUACAAGAAUAUGGGAUCUUAUCAGAAGAUAUAUAUAAUUUCGAUGAGACUGGCUUCGCUAUGGGUCUCUGUGCUUCUGCAAAGGUUAUUACAGGCAGCGAUCGAUAUGGAAGGCCUAAUCUAUUACAGCCUGGCAAUCACGAAUGGGUUACGGCAAUUGAAGCAGUUAAUUCCGCUGGAUGGGCUUUACCCUCGUACGUUAUUUUCAAAGGAACAACCUAUCAUCAACAAGGCUGGUUUGAGACUCUUCCACAAGAUUGGAGACUUGAUAUCAGUAAUAAUGGCUGGACAACAGAUGAAAUUGGAAUACGAUGGCUUCAAAAACAUUUUAUCCCUCAUACAACAAGCCGUACGAAAGGGAGAUAUCGGAUGCUUAUUCUCGAUGGCCAUGGAAGCCAUUUGACACCUCGAUUUGAUCAAAUAUGCACCGAAAACAAUAUUAUACCACCUCUUGAUGUGAGUUGUUUUGCCGUUCUAAAACGACAAUACGGACAGCUUGUUGAGCAACGCGUACGGCUUGGAUUCAAUCAUAUUGAGAAAUAUGACUUUCUUACGGCUUUUCCAGAGGCUCGUACAAUGGCAUAUACAGCUGAAAAUAUCCAGAAUGGCUUCAAAGCGACCGGAUUAGUGCCAUUUGAUCCAGAUCAUAUUUAUCAAAAGCUUACAGCUCAGCUUCGGACCCCAACCGCCCCUCCUAGUCGACCAAGCAACUCACAAUCUUCUUGCUUACAAACAUCUCAAAAUCCACGUCAAUUCAAGCGCCAAAUGACAACAACAGAGAAGCGUAUCAAUGAGCAUACGACAAGGUCAUUAGAGGUGAUUGAUCGAGCGAUAAAGCAGCUGUCUAGAGCGCACGAAAUGAGUAUCAAUGAGCUUCUGAUUGUACGGAAAGAGGUGCUUAAUUUACGGGCUGCAAAUGAGAAGGAGAUGCAAAAACGUAAAAGAUCUAGAGCUCAAAUAUCUCAUGAAGGAUCUCUUCCAGUGCAGGAAGCUCGGGAACUAAUAACUAAUCGAGAUAUGGCAUCUCAACCUAUUCCGGUUGCACCAGUCGAAUCCGAACCUCAGGCCUCUCAACCACGCGUACGAGCGCGACCGAAGUGCAGUGGAUGUGGGAUUAUCGGGCAUAAAAUCAAUCGAUGCCCAAAUCGUACUACUAGUUGA